AUGGCCUACAUUAUGAUGAUGGAAUUCGGUUCACCCAUAUUCACUGUCAGCAUCAAAUGGAGCAUUCCAUAUAGCCCCAAAAUUUGUGAUACUAUGGUUCAUUUCGCCACCUAUGUGAACGUGGAAAUUUCCUUUUCAGAAGCCAUAAAAGGAGCUCAAUUUCCUCAUCCCACGCACUUUCCUCCACCGUUUCUUUACUUCCCUUGUUUCAGUACUACGGUCCCCAAAAUGACACCCUUCCGCAUCCUCCUCAGCAUCCUCCUAGGAGUGGUAAGCCUCUCUCAUGGGGCCUCCACUACCUGGGACGCUUCGCCAUCUCGCCCUACUACCCCAGGCGUUGUUUCCAACUGCAACAAGUGGUACACUGUUCAAAAGGGAGACACCUGUUUUUCGGUCACCACUGCAUUCAGAAUCUCCAUGGACGACUUUCUGCGCUGGAAUCCGUCAGUCUCGGCUGAUUGUCUGGUCAAUUUCUGGGCGGAUACAUCCUACUGUGUCGGCGUUGGGCCUGUGGAAAGCACCACCACCAAAGCGAAUGGUCCUAGGCCGACUACAACAAUCUCAACAACCAUAACAACCACAUCUGAUGAAAGCACCACAAAAGCCUCUGGCCCCAGACCGACCACGACGAUCACCACCACCAUAACAACCACGCCCAUCUCGACUACGGACACAACGGACUCUUCCUAUACGUUCAUCAAUCCCAUAACCUCUUGGAAUGUAACUACCACCCCGGUUGAGACUGCGUGGCCUCCAACCAGAACACAAGAUGGACAGGCAAAGAACUGUAACAGAUGGCAUCGUGUAAGAGCUGGAGAGACUUGCGAAUCCAUUCACGCCCAGUACGACUCAUGGAUGACAUUCGAAGAUCUUCUCGAGUGGAAUCCUGCUCUGAAGGAAGAUUGCCGUUACCCCUGGGUCGGCUGGUGGGUGUGUGUCGGAGUCAAACCUACGACAACAUUCUCGAUCAGCUAUCCACCCCAAACCCCUCCCCCGAUGGUAAUUCCCUCUUUGACCACUACCAGUCUGGAUCCUCCUGAGGAGACCGCUCGUCCUACACAGUCUGGGAUUGCACCGAAUUGUCAAGACUUCCACAAGGCUGUGAAGGGUGAUACAUGUGAGAAGAUCCUCAAAGAUGUGCCCUUGCUCAAGGAGGACGAUUUGCAUAAGUGGAAUCCGGCACUGGGACCCGACUGUAAAGGUCUAAUUCCGGGCUACUACUACUGUGCUGCAGCGUACGAUGGCGGAUGGUUGCCCAUGCCUCCAACGGUCACCAAGGUGCCGUCUCCUACUGCCACUGGCAUAACUUCCAAGUGCGUGUCCUGGUACAAGAGAACCUACGGCGAGACCUGCGACGACAUUGUUAGAAUGUUUGGCACCUUCUCGGUCAAAGACUUUCUGAAGUGGAAUUCCGACCUCACGGAAAAUUGCGUGGGUUUGCAGGACGAUUACUGGUAUUGCGUCGGUGUCCCGGGUACUCCAACUACACGUACUGCACCCGUGGCAACUAUCCCUAUUUCAAAUAGUUCUAUCGCCCAAAUGCCACCGACGAGCGGUCCUGUGAGCCCGACUUUAUCACCAAUGGCAGGCUACAGGAACAUUGGCCUCCAAAAUUCGACCAUGACAGGGUGA